GUCGAAGCAAAGAUCUGAAUAACCAUCAGCGAGUACUUUGAGCACUCGCAUUUCGCAUCCUCUGAGACAACUCUGAACACUUCGUUCAGAAAGCGAUCAUGGCAUACUACGGAACACCCUUUCCCACUGGUGUCCCUUUCCCGCCACCGGGUACACCUGGACCCUACCCUCAGGGAACGCCCUUCCCUCCAGGAGUGCCCUACCCAAACUCCAUGCCCUUCCCGGGUUCCUACCCUGGUUCAUACGCAGGCUCUGCGUACCCUGGCUCCUACCCGAGCUCCUACGGGAGCCCCGGAUCCUACUAUUCGCCCGGCUCGAGCUACUACCCUUCGAGCUCGGGCGGCAGCACCAUCGUCCUAUCAUCCCCCCACCACCAUCACCACGACGAUUACCACCGCCACCGUAGCAAUAGCUACGUCGCGCCGAUAGCUCCGUUCUACGGCGGAUACGGCACGCACACUCCUGUGCAGCACUACUACCCCGAAUACCACAUCCCGCAGAUGCAGAUGCCGUAUGGAGGGGCCGGCCCGUACAACGCUCAAGCGCCAGUCGUGGUCGUCCACCAUGGCAGUGGCAGGCAUCACCAUCGUCGCCACAGGUCGCAUAGCUUCUUUUGACGGAUGUUGAUGCGUACUUGUCCGUGGAGGUCGAGGAGUUUUCUGACAGCGGCACAAGGACUUUUAGGAGUCGCAUUGCACUGUACCAAUAAUCCAUUCACCGCCAUACUGUACAAUAUAAUUAUUCU